AUGAACGCCACCUCAGAGCAAAUACUCGACAUCGAUGACGCUCUUGUCUCCGACGAAAAUUCUGCCCGUGAUGACGACGUUCUUGAUUAUGAGCGUUGUGCUAGAUUACACAAUUACCUGGCCGCAUAUGGCUGGAUGGCUCGCCACAAAAGAGACACACCCAAUCUCGAUGCGCUAGCUAGAGAGAGGUGGUUCUUCAGACAACCAGCUGAAGAUAUACACGCUAUACGUGAGCGGUUGGAUGCGCCCCUGAACUCUUUCCUUGAUUUAAUCUUUGAUCCUGAGCCGACAUUCUUUUAUUGGGUUAACGGUCUUGAGAUGAGACUUUGCGAUGAAUCAUUCCCAUGUGAGGACAACGAUCUUGAGGACGAAGGAAAAGAGCGGUUUGUGGUGAUCUACGGUACCGUUCUGGAGUUAGGCUCGCAUUGUCUCGGCGUCCUUUACGACCAGCAACUCAAUCGAGCCUCAUUUCCGAUGACUUUGGAGAAUUCGGAAAGUGUGGAGCCUGUCGACGAACAUCAGGAUAUGUGGUUCCCCCUGGAGACUAUUCUCACGCACUGGAUUUACAUGAUUCGUCUGGGUAAAGUCGUUCCUGGCCUGCCUGAGUGCAAUUUGACGUCAAGGUCGCAAAUCGGUCUUUGGUCCUGGCUUCCCUAUUGCAAUGCCCAGGUUGACAGCACCAUAGCUGCUAUGGAGCGCUACUCAGCUACAGUCGAAUAUCGGAUGCCUCAUGAUUCACUUUUACCUAUAUCUGCUCCGCUCUUUACCGGCUCAGAGCUCGAUGCGGCUUCCGUGCCGAAGGAUUGCUUUAUUCGCAAAUUCUUGACCAGAGUCAAAGCCCCGCGCUUCAAAUUCAUCGCCCCUGGCCUACGGGUCCCACACGAUAAAGAGGAGUUUGCGCGAUUACAGAAAUUUACCACACUAUCCAAUGAGGAUGACUGUGUUCCAGCAGUUCUACUAUUUCCAACUCCAGGCCGGACAGUGGAUCUCAACUUGGAAAUGAAAUAUUUGUUCUCCCAAGCAAGUGAAAAUGCAGAUCUGAGCGAAGGUGAUUCUAUCCCUACAGGACUCUACAGUGAACCUCUAACUCGGAACUACCAUGAUACGGAGGAGGCAGGCUUCCGCCUCCUUCUUCCGUUUUCACUGCGGCCUGAUUUACGAGACACAGAAGGGGCCAGGAUGAGCGAUGGGAGAUUAGUGACAUCGGGCUCAUUCACGGAACUCUUCCAACAUGGCUGGUUUCAUCCGUUUGGGGGCGAACGUCGGGCGCAGCGGCUGGAGAGGCUGUUUGAACGAUGGACAGAGCUGAUUGAAAGUGGUGUGUGGACAGUAGGUGAAUGUGGUGUGGAGGGAGGGGUUGAUAAAUUCAGAGAUGCGGACAAUGGCAAUGGUGCCUGGAGAAAUUAUUGGAUCCCCCCAGAUUGGUGA